AUGGACGCCGAGCCCGAGCUAGCAGCAAACCCCACAUUCGCCACGGGGCGCGGCGACGCCGAGGAUAAGGAGUGGGGAGAGCAGCGGGUGCUUGAGGGGGACGACGACGGCGCCGACGAGGACGAAGACGAGAGCAUACGGGAGAGCAGCGUCGAUGAUGAGUCGUACGACCUCAAGCAGUUUGGGAUCUACCAGGCCCUGCCCGUUGAGGGCGAGCCCGACUGGAGCGCGGAGGACAUUGAUGCGGAGGAGUACCUGCGGCGCGUGCGGCACGAGGCGGCGCGCUGCCCUCGGGUGGUGCGGGCGGACAUUGACGUCGAGGCCCUUAGUAAACAGCAGGAGGAGCGGCAGCAGCAGCAGCAGCAGCAGCAGCAGCAGCAGCAGGCAGGUGAAGCGCAGGGCGAGCAGCCAGCGCUGCAGCAGGAGGAGCAGCAGCACGAGCACGACGGCGCCCCGCAGCAGCCGCGGGCGAAGCAGCAGCGGCGGCACCACCACCACCCCCUCUCCGCCGCCGGCGGGCCGCGGCUGGGGGACGGCUCUGACCUUAUCCCUGAGGCUCCCGGCUGGGCGCUGCCGGGCAACGGGUGGGUGCGGCAGUUUGUGGCGGACUUCCAACGGCUGCGGCGGCAGGUGGCGGACGUGUACGAGUCGGGAGAGCUCGCCCAUGAUAGGGUGCUGCCCGGCCCCAACGACCACCAAGGAUGGGACCGCCUCUGCUUCGGGCGCGGCCAGUGGGACGAGGGCGCCGCCGCCGGCGCGGUCGGCGUCGGCGGCGACAACAACAGAGGGGACGAGGAGGGCCCGGCAGCAGAGGAAGCCGAGGAGGCGGCGGUCCCAGGAUCUGAGAUCACGUUUUUGAGCCCUGUGGGCGUGUCGGCCCUCUUCCUUCACCACGCCCACCAGCUGCUGGACCGCAGCCCCCCCUCCCUGCCCCUGGCCCGCGCCCAGUGGCUCUUCGCGCUCGCGGCGCGCCUCGAGAAGCCGCUCCAUGCUGACCUGGCGGCCGCGUUCCGCGGGCUGCUGCGGCACUGCGCGGCGCUGAGGGCGGGGCUGGGGGGCGGGGGGGACCCGCUGCUGGCGCGGCUGAACGUGCUGAUCGUGGUGGCGGGGGCGUACUUUGGGCAGGACGAGCGGAUGUCGCGGGUGGUGGACGCGAUCGAGCUGUUCUGA